CAUCCCUGCCGGCGGGAUGACGUCAGCGGGCGUGUCCAAAAACAGGGCACAGGGGACUCUGCAAUGGGAGACAGUUUUUGUGAGCAGCUCACAGAGGACAGCACCUUCCUCAAACAUGACCCGAAACUGGACACAGAAGUCGUGGAUAAACUCAUCCUGCAGCUCAACAGAAUCUACCCGCAGAUCCUCACUGACAAGGAGGCAACCAAAUUCCGAAACUUGGAUGUACCUACAAGUGUUCGACUGGGUGAGCUCUUGACACACCUACAAGGGAAAGGAGAGGAAGCAUGCAGGGAAUUUUACAGGGCUCUUCACUUGCAUGUCGAGGAGGUCUACUACAGUUUGCCUACAAGGCUUCACCUCAGAGAUUCCUUGGAUCCGCUCAAACUUCCACAGGUCAUCAAACAGAGACAUGCUUUGAAUGACAGAGGUCCCUUCUUCUUUAUGGGCUGUUUCACUUUUGUAGUGGGAAUGGCUUUCUUCUAUUACUACAGUGAAGCUAAAGUGACAGGAGGAAGCCGGGCACUCGGGAUGGCUGCUCUUGGACUGAAAAGAAAAGCUCAAGAAGUUCUUAUAUGGUACACUGAGGAAAGCCUCACAAAGUAAUGUGAAUCUUCUUCAGUGGUUCUCCUGCUGCUUAUACCAAAUCACAACACACUAUAUAUUUUCAAGGGUUUAAAGGUAAUUUUGUACACAGUGUAAUUUAUAUAUACUUUUAUUUUGCUUGUUUGCAUUUGGUACUUUGCAAUUGAAAGUAUCCAUUUUAAAUGGUUUUGAGGGAUUAAUGCAGUUGAGGUUAAAACUAGUUUAGGAAAAUGAAAUGGAGGAUUUGUGCUGCUGAAUUCUUCCACAAAACCAGUUUGAAACAUUUUUUUCCCUAACAACCCAACUUACUUUGAUUAUUACUUUUAUCAAACGGAGAAAUUUAAAAACUAAAUAAUGGGGUGGUUCUUGAUUUUAAUCUAUGAUUUGUUAAGAACAUUUUGGUGAUGAGAACUUUUUAAGUUAAUGGUUUGAGUUAUUUUUUUUAAGAACUAGUUUUAAGCCCUACAGUUAAGUCAAGAACAGCCCCUGGCUGCCAUCUUGUGGUUAAAAGAAGAGCUACAUCAGUAAACUUACGUCUGUUUCAUAAGAACUGCCCCAAAUUCCGCUGCUCACAAUAUAAAUAAAAGAUAUUAAGUGUGUGAACAACCCAAUACCACAUGGGACAAGUCACAUCCAUAAAAGUAAUGUUUUCAACGAGUUUAUAGCGAAUGUUACAAUCACGUGACCGCAUCUACCAAUGCGAGGAUGGCCUCCUGCCGCAGUGUACUAUGGGUAGAGUUGUCUGUGAAGGUUCUCAGUCAUCCAGGUCAUCGUAGUCGAAGGAGUUUGCAAAGAAAAGCGUCUGGACUUCUCGGAUGAGAGGUGAAACGUCUUCAAGCAACUUAAAGAAGUCCAGACGCUUUUCUUUGCAAACUCCUUCGACUGUGGGUAGAGUUGCAAUCUAUUCAAAACACAUACAUAUCGAAUGAAACUGAAAACAGAGAAAACAUAAAUGGUGAACUACUGGUUUGAAGGUUACCAGGGAAAUUCGAAGUUUAUGAUUACAAGAAAAUCCGGACUUCACACCGUGAGUGAAACCAAGCUGUGUCCUCGCGGGUAUAUAUGACGACGACCUGCCUAUCAGAAGGCGUGUUGUAUGAAAGGAGAGAAGGUUAGCACUCCCCUUGACAAGGAUGGAAUUGGCCCUAGUGGCCUGCAACACACAUACGGUUAAGGCAUUGCCACCUACUUCGUGGCAUCUCUAACCAUAUUUUUUUCUUAUUUUUAACUGCUGUCAUUAAACUUCCCGUUACUAUUUAGCUGACUCUGUGUCACUUACCACGCCCUCUUUUUCACCGUGCAGCCGAAGAACGGAAAUCUGGCAUACUCUUUGUUUCCGCUGUUUCAUUGUCCUCGUUUGGCUUAUCACUGAAUGCACUGAAAACCUGGCGUCAAGCUUCUCACUGAAGUAGUUACAUUUAGUUUACUACAGUCAUAAAUAAAUAUUGUAUCAAUAUAGUAUGGAUAUUUUUGUCUUGUUGUUCAUACUGUGCGUCUCCUGCCUAUUUUAAAUACAGUCUAGCAAUAAAUUAACUUGCACCAAAUGUUGAAACAAAUACAACUUCAUAGUAUUUUUUGUAAAAACGCACACAAGAUAUACUGGUAAUGGUGCUUAAACCUUCUUCAUGGUUUGAAGGUCAAUUCUCAGGAUGUCAGAUGCUAAUAUUAUGGCAAAUUGUAGUUUAAAUGAUUUUUGUGUUUGUGCCUUGUAAUCAACCUCUAAACAUAAACAUUUGACUUGUGGUGAAGAUUAAUUAACAUAAAGCCAGAAAGUUUGACAUGAUUUGUGUGCACGGUGCCUUACACGUGGGAAUGCCAUCAUUUUGUAAAACUGACUUUUGUCUUCGCACAAUAAACCAGUAACAAAAAAAA